UAAUUAUGGUUAUACGAACUAGUGUAAGUAUGAUUUCUUUGCUGUUUCAGAAAAUAAGUAUAUUUUCUAGCUUUUGUUUACAGAAUUGUUAUGCUGGCUAUGCUUGGCUCUAUUGGAAUGACAAUGAUCAUCUUGGCCUGUGCGCUUCCAUCUUACAAAGUCUGGUGGCCCUUCUUUGUAGUAUUGUUUUAUCUCAUCUGUCCUAUCCCAACGCUUGUUGCCAAACGUAACCAGUCGGAUGAUGACGAAUCCCGGAUCACAAAUUCGAUGUUUGCUACAAUCGGAAUUGUCAUUAGCAGUUUCGCUCUACCAAUAGUACUAGCCCGGGCGAUGGUGAUUCACUGGGGAGCUUGCUAUCUCACAUUGGCCGGGAACGUUAUUGCCUACAUCACAGUGCUCGGUUACUUCUUUGGGUAUGAUUCUGGUGAUUCCUGGUAAUGGUAAAAUCGAAAAUUGCUGAAACCAUCAAUAAAACUACUCCAAAAUUAUGUACCGCGUAAAUAAUCCAAGUAAUUAUUUUUUUUUUAAAUAUUUAUAAUUUGAUUUUAUAGAGCCAACUAGUAUGAAAUCAUCUCAUUCGAUAGGUUCACAAUUACAAGGAAUUGUGUCUGAUAAGCCAAGACUUUCAUUUUUUUAUCACAGCUUAAUGCUGGCUUGUGGUAGAAUAUGAAUAAAGUGUUAUUAUUUUUCAUUCGUGAAAAAGAUUUGUUUUGCUCAUAUUUGGAUGGACAGUCAGAUAAA